GCUUUGCUGGAUGUGAAUCAGCACCAGGCUUCGUUGAGUGUGAAUCAGCACUGGAAAAACGUGAAUCAGCACCGGGUGCAAAGUGGCAUCUUCGAAGGUAUUUUUGCUCUUUUUUUUCAAGCUUCAUUGAACGUGAAUCAGCACCAAGAAAAGUGGCACCUUCGGGAAACUUCACUGGACGUAAAUCAGCACCAGGCAAAUGUAUAAGCUUUGUUGGACAUAAAUCAGCACUGAGAAAAGCUUCGUUGGACAUGAAUCAACGUUGGUUGAGACCUACAAGUACAGAAGUGGACUUUGAAG